AUGUAUCACCAAACCUUUUCAGGCAGCCUUGCAGAAUGCCAAUUGGAGAGAUUAUCUGAGAGGUUCGACUGCCAUCCCGUGGUUGCCUCCAAUGAAGAUGCCUGUCUUUCCCGUGGUUGUUGCUGGAAGCCACUCAAUGAAACCAUGUUGAAUGAGAGGACGGCUAUUCCGUCAUGCUACUUUCCCAAAGACUACGCGGGCUACGCAGUGACUCGCACCGAAACCUCGACGGACCGGGUCACCCUUCAUCUCGAGAGAAAGAUCCCGUCGGGUAUUGAUGUCGAUAUUCGAGCUGUUCGUGUGGAGCUGCUCUUUUACGACCAGAACACCUUGAGGAUUAGGACUUUAGGUACUACGGAGAAGCGCUUUGUUCCUCCUGUGCCUCGGAUUCCGUCCAGGACGUUUGCUGGAGACCGCCAGUACACCGUCACCUUCAACGAGACCAAUGGGGAGAUUAAGGUGCACCGCCGUGGAACACCUGAUACAGUCAUCUUCCAGACGCACCUGUCCCGGCUAGUGUUUACCGAGAAGUUUCUGCAACUAUCGACACUCCUGCCCUCCGACGUCGUAUACGGCCUCGGCGAGCAGUGGUCUCCGCUCCGAAGAGGGGUCAACUGGACGCGCCACGUGAUCUUCAAUGACGGAGCUCCACCCACGGUAAACAGGAACAUGUAUGGCUCACAUCCUUUCUAUAUCGGAGUGGAACGUGAUGGAAAAAGUCACGGAGUUUUCCUGCACAACAGCAAUUCCAUCGAGGUUGUACUGCAACCGACACCGGCAGCCACAUUCCGCACCAUCGGGGGCAUCCUGGACAUCUUCGUUUUCGUCGGACCGACCCCAGCCAAGGUGGUGCAACAGUACCAGCACGUGGUCGGGCUGCCCGCCCUGCCCCCUUACUGGAGUCUCGGCUUCAACCUGUGUCGUUACGAGUACGGGUCGCUCGACAGGACGCGUUUCAUCAUGGAGAAGAACAUCGAAGCGCAGAUUCCUCUGGACGUCCAAUGGAAUGAUAUCGACUACAUGGAACGACGCAACGGCUUCACCUACGAUAACGUCAGUUUUCACGGCCUGCCAGAGUUUGUCGAUCGGAUCCAUUCAUCUGGUCGUCACUACGUCAUGAUAUUCGACCCUGCCAUGAGUGGCUCUGAGAUUCCCGGAACUUAUCCGCCCUUUGAUAUGGGCAUAGAUAUGGACAUUUUUGUGAAGAACGAAUCCGGAGGAGUGGUGUAUGGAAAGGUAUGGAAUGACAAGAGCAGCGUCUUUCCUGACUUCUCCCACCCAAGGGCCAACGAAUACUGGGGUUCCCUGUUCAAGAGAUUUCACGAGGUUGUGCCCUUUGACGGAGCUUGGAUUGACAUGAACGAACCGACCAACUUUUACGACGGCCACGCCGACGGUUGUCCCCCAAACAACACACUGGAUUAUUCUCCCUACGUUCCUGGGGAGAAACCUUUGUUCGCGCAGACCCUCUGCAUGAGCGACCGCCACCACCUCUCGGCCCAUUACGACGUCCACAACAUCUACGCUCAUCUGGAAGCCGAAGCGACGUACACUGCUCUGGCGGCAAUUCGAGGAAAGCGGCCGUUCAUUAUUUCGCGGGCGUCAUCGACGGGUAUGGGUGCAUGGUCGGGCCACUGGUCAGGAGACAUUGCCUCGUCCUGGGGGGACAUGCGGCUAACCAUACCAAACAUGCUGAGCUUCGGCAUGUACGGCAUGCCACUGGUGGGUUCUGACAUCUGCGGCUUCCGCGGCAACAGCUCUCUGGAACUCUGCGCUCGAUGGCAUGUCCUCGGGGCUUUCUACCCGUUCUCCAGAAACCAUAACGAUUACGAUUGUGUGGACCAGGAUCCUUACAGCAUGGGGCCUCUGGUUAUUGAGGCAGCUCGUACCAGUCUACGGAUGCGCUACUCCCUCCUGCCGUACCUCUAUACGCUGUUCUACAGGAGUCACGUCUUUGGUGAGACCGUCGCCAGGCCCCUCUUUUUUGAGUUUCCGGAAGACCCAAAAACACACGAUGUCGACGAGCAGUUCUUUUGGGGAGGCAGUCUGAUGUUCAACCCGGCGCUGUACCCCAAUCAGACUGAGGUUCACGCCUACAUCCCUGCCGGCGUUUGGUACGACAUCGAUAGAGGAACGAUAUUUUCCCAGUCAAGCGGUACAUACCAGUCGUUUCCGGCCCCCUUCACUCACAUGAACACCCUCAUUUGGGGAGGCUCCAUCGUCCCGGCGCAGAAACCGGGGCUCACCACGACGGAGAGUCGUCGAAACCCGUUGGGGCUGCUGGUUGCUCCUGAUCGUCAAGGCCUCGCACGUGGACAAAUGUUCCGGGACGACGGAGAUUCUAUAAACACUGUCACCAAAGACGAGUACGACCUCUACGAUUUCAUUCUCAUCAAAAACGUCCUGGUCGUAAGCAGUUCCAAGCGAGGGUACCGCGAGGCACUAACCUGGGGUAGCGUCGUCGUCUACGGAGUCACCACAGCGCCCCACAACGUCUUGACCGGCGGACGAGCCGUUGAGUUCAGAUACAGUCCCGAAGAGGAGAUGCUGAUUUUACCCGAUGUUGGAGCACCCCUUGGUCAAGACUUCACAAUUGCCUGGUCGUAGACACUGCGCCAAAGGCAUUUGCACCUUAGAUUUUAUUAUAGGAGGAAAUUUGUUAUUAUAUCCGUACAUAAAGUUAACUGUCUUGUGCUAUGGUAACCAGGAUUGCGUCGAACUCUGUCAAAUCUACCUGCGCGACAACGUGGUUUUGUCUGGCAUCUACU